AUGUCUAUGUCCUUUGACCCAAACACCACUCCUUUAACCUUGAACCCAAGUGGCGCUCCACCGAACUUUAUCAAUCCCGAAACUCAAGCUCCAACUGUCCUUGGUACAGGUCUUCUGCUCAUCAUUAUCAGUACAAUAUGUACGGCUGUUCGGUGCCAUAGUAGCUUGAAAAGUACCAAGAAACUUCACCUCGAUGACUAUUGCACGAUCUUUGGACUGGCAGGUGCAAUUGCUUAUUGGGCUAUCAUCUACUCUUUGGCCAAAGAUGGCUGGGGAAGACACAGCUACGAUGUUCCUCUAGCCUUUCUCGACGAUUCCUACACCGAUAGACAAUUCGCAUCUCAGAUUCUCAUCUCGCCCGUCAAGUUUGCUAUCACAUCGGCCAUCAUCAUCCUCUAUGUACGCCUGUUCGGGACACUUAAAUGGGUUCGCUGGACAUCGUACUUUCUCUAUGCCUUCCUGUUCCUGAUUCAGGUCCAAAAUAUCGGUAUCGCUCUCUACUGGUACAUUCCAAGAGCAGGUGAUGUCAACAACAUUCAAGCUGCCUUGAUGAGAACCGCAAAAACCGCAUCCUCAGCAAUCGUUAACGCUGUGUGUUCUACGGUUGUCGACAUCAUUCUCUUCCUGAUCCCAAUUAUCAUUGUACCUUCUCUCAACAUGACCCGCAGAAAGACACAAGCUUGCUAUGCCGUAUUUGGGUUCGGUGCUCUAAUUAUCGUGGUUGAUUGUGUUGGUAUCGCCUACAAGACCUAUGGAGUGCUUGGCAAGAACGGAGAUCCAUUCUGGGUCGGCAUGAUUUCUAUCAUCACUGUUUACGCCGAAACAUUUGCCCUCGUCAUGGUCUCCUGCAUCCCAGGUCUUUCGGCCUUCUAUGUCGGCACCUUCAUGAAAAGUCGCCUUUACUCAUCCCUUCAAUACGGACUGCUCAACCGUAUGCGCAGAUCUCAAAGAUCCGACCGAUCCGACCUCCCUUCUGUCGAGGGCGAUACAGACAGAUACGCUAAGUCUAACCGAUACGAUCCAUCUUCACAACGUCAGCCAAAAUCUUCACACUCGACUAAGUCUUUGGUUGGAAGUGAAAGUGGGAAGAAUGUUGUUAUUGAGAUGGAGCCUCCGAAGACUUCAAAUGUGUCGAACUAUUCUACGUUAGGGAAGCAGGAGAGUGGGCAGGCUGGUAUGAGAUAG